AAAACCAGCCCAAAGGAUUAUUUUUUUACGUUCAGUAUAUAUCGGUGGACAGCAGGAUUAUUUGGGAUAUUGCGAGUGUCGGGAGAAAAGUGUUGUACUCCGAUUUUACGGAUGCUGUUUAAAAUGUUGAGGAUAUUUAUCACCCUUGCUCUUCUGGCAGCUGUUCAAUGUAGAUUUGGAGGUGGAUUUUUUCAUUCUGAUUACUACUACGAGGGGGAAUCUGAAUCUGAAUCUGAAUCUGAAUCCAGCGAAUCUUCGAGCGAAUCCUCCAGUGAAACCUCGAGCGAACCCCCACCAUGCCCGUGUACCCCGCUCGAAGUCGGCCAGUGUUGUGACGACUGUCAUUACUGUAAAGAUGAAAAUGCCAUAUGCGACACAUACGGAUAUAGUAAAGUGUGCGUCUGCAAAGAUGGCUUCAUAUUCGACUAUAAAUGCAAGAAGUGCGUUCCUGAUAAUGGACCCUUAACUACGGAAACGACACAUACGACGCCGACGACACCGCAGACGACGACACCGCAGACGCCGACACCGCAGACGACACCACCAUGUCCGUUCUGUUAUGCCAUAAGUAGACUGGAUGGAUCGUGCAUCAGAAUGAGAUAUGGAGUGGCAUGCCAAGCCGAUCCCGACAGCUGUUGUGUAUUGGAUGGUCUUAAAUGUAUUGAUGGGAUCUGCAGGUGUAGCAAUCCGGACAUCAAUUAUGACCCCUUUGAGGAGAAAUGCUGUGGAAGUGAGCUGGGCGAAACUUGUUGCUUAAAAGCGGGCUUUGACCAAUGUAAGAUCAGAGAUAGCAACAGCAUAUGCGACCUGAACAAAAAUAGCACGUGCGUUUGUUCGAUGAACACAACUCCAACCAAUGGUUUUUGCAUGUAAACAGUCGGAAUCGGGCAAGGCUAGCCAGGCGCAUGAUGUGAACAAAUUGGUUUGAUGACAUCACACUGGCGACACAUACUGAAUUUCAUAAUUUAACGUAAUGAUACUUAAUAAUAAUAAAUUUGCUAUGUAAGCAGGGAUAUAACUAUGUGUACAUUGAGGUCCAAUCAGACUGAACUCUGUGUACAUUGUGGUCCAAUACGAUUGAACUCUGUAUACAUUGAGGUCCGAUGUGAUCGAAGUCUGUGUACAUUGAUGUCCCAUGUGAUUAAAGUAUGUGUACAUUGACGUUCCAUGGGAUGGAACUCUAUGUUCAUUGAUAUAACAUUAGUUUGAAGUCUGUGUACAUUGACGUUCAAUAGGAUGGAACUCUAUGUUCAUUGAUAUCACAUUAGUUUGAAGUCUGUGUACAUUGAAGUUCCAUUUGAUUGAGCUCUGUGUUCUUUGAUAUCCCAUAAGAUUGAAGUCUGUGUUCAUUCAGUUCACAUCGGAUUGGACUUCGUGUACAUUGAGGUCCCAUUGGAUUCCAUGGCUUAAGGACCUGGAGAUAGGAAUGUUUCCUUUAUAUUCGGUGUAGAUAUGACAUUAAAAAAUUGACCUAUUUUAGAUUUUAAAUUGAUACAAUAUGGCGUGGUAUUACGUUUUCAAAUUUUUAUAACGAUGUCAUCUGCUAUCAGUUAUUAUAGUGUAAAUUGUUAUGUAAAUCGAUCAUUCUGAGUACGUUAAAAAGAUUUCAUUUGCUUUAAUAUAUGAACAUGUAUGACAAGGUGGAUUUCGAAAUCAAAUGAUUAUUAGUUGAAAGCAUUUAUUUUGUCCACCUUAACGAAUUUGAUAAUUCCGCACAACUUUUAGAAAUAAAUAUUAUAUUUUUUGAAUUGAUCGUAUGGUGUGUAUGCUUUAAAAGUGUUUUAGUCUGAAACGUGCUCUCUCUCUCAGUACAUGAUUGUGGAUGAACACUUGUGCAUUGACCGUUACUAUGCACUGUCCAUAUAUGAGGCUUGGAAUAUAAACAAUUCAUAGUGCAUACUUACAGCGUAAAAGUGCGUUAGUUCUCAAAAUGACUGUAUGAGUUUGAGCAGCAUUUUUUUUGAUAUCUUCGGUGUAGGUUUAAUAAAUUUGAAUGUUUAUAGAGGUGGUUUUGCAAUCGUACCAACUCGGCCAUCUCCGGCAAGCUUCAUAUCUGUUGGAUAAUGGCCGAGGUGUUCCGAUUGGUAGUUGUGUUGAUUUGUUUGACUUGUUUUUUUUUUCAAGAAAAUAUUGUGAGUUUAAAAUGACACAAUGCAUAUCUAUGAUGAAUAAUAAUGUUACCUUCAAGAGAUCUAGGCAUAUUUAUGAUAAAUAAUGAUGCUACCCUCAAUAGUGAUAUGCAUAUCUAUGAUGAACAAUGAUACAAUAUUGUGUAUGUAAUGAUCAAUUGUUUGACAUGGACUGUUAAGAAUACUGUUGUUAACACGUAGAUGAUAUGUAUUGCGAUAUUAUAAUUCAAGUCUUCUUCUUACGCAGAUAUUUCAGCUUAUGCAUGUUAAACUACGUUAAACUACACGGUGUAAUUAAUGCUAUCGAAAACACUGUCAAAAAAUCGCGUAGUUUAUUCUGAGUGUCCUCCGAGACAAAUGUUCAUAAUACAAAACGACUAUAGAGAACUUAAUAUACCAAUAUACAUUUAAAUUUGAAAUAAAUCAUUUGACGUGUCUUAUCGUUCUUAAACUUAUUGAAAAUAAAUAAAUAAAACGUG